CAGUAAUUUCGCAAUAACUUUUCCCGUUUCAACAUUUACACGAUAAGGACACGACUUGAGUCAUAGCUAACAAUUAUGUAGUUAAUAUGUGUACAAAGGGAGAGAGUAUAGCUUUCUGAUCACUGUUAUUGUUGUAACUGACUGCAGCAAACGGAUGUGUAAUACAAAAUUUCAAAUCAGAAUCCUACAUCAAAACACAAGAGAAUGAGCAGUCUUGACGAUAUAGACGCCGAUACGUAUCAAGACAAUGUUCUUAGAAUAGCAGAAAAGAUUGCUGUCCUGCUAAACGAGGUCAUUGAUUUGAAGUACAGACAGUUCACCGAAGUAGAGCUUGAAGAGAUUGAAGAAAAAUCUGUGGCUUUGUUAGAAGAAUAUUUAAAGCUUUGUCUGGUAUCCGACAUACUAACUCUAACUAGACCUGAUGAAAGCGAAUUCCAAGAGCAAGUCUCUAACCCAGAUUUCUUGUUUCAUGACCUCUUCCAAGAAAAUCGAAAACUUCGGCGAAUACUGAAGCGACAGAGAGUGGCGGAAGAGCUUCAGAGAUUGAAGCAAAGAUUUUAUGCAGUUACAAACACAGAUACCUGCAUGAGCUACAUGAAGCAGAUGGACGUUGAUGCUCAAGGAUUUCUUGAAAGGCUAACAGCAGACAAAGCUAAGACAUACUGCAUUGAUUUGAUUGAAGAGCUACAAGAUCUGAUCGAGAGAAUCACUAAGUAUAGAAGUAACACGAAAAAGCAGGUCGCUAUCGAGUCUGUAACUGGGGUCUUAACACUCGGUACGGCUGCUGCAACGGGCGUAGUUGCUGCCGUGGGAAUAGCUGGCAGGACUGCAAGCGCUGCGGCUUCGGCGUCUGCCCCAGCAGCGUCAAGAGUUGCCAGUGCUGCUGGAUCAGCAGCUGCACCUGUGGUGGCGGAUAUUGCCUCUGGAACUGCUGCUGCUGCCAACGUUGCGAAUUCUGUCUCCGAGGUAGCUGUCAUUUCCACCACAGCUGCAAGAGCAAUUGGCACGACAGUCACUGUUGGUAAAAUUGUUAUAACUGCGGGCAGCGCUAUAACCGAGGCAAUUAACAUCGGAACUGCUGUAACGAACGCAAAACCUUACACGGCGAAUCGGAACAGAUUUAGACAUGAACUGUUCAGGACAUUCCAAGAGACGUAUUCUACUGUAAGUUCAACGACGCAAUCACAGUCUGAUACAGACACUCAGAGUAACACCAGGACCAUGGCGCUGAUAGUUUAUGAAAAACUAAUUAACGAUGAGGACCCAUAUUUGAUUGUUGAAAAGAUCGAUUGCUCAGUUGAAGCUUAACUUUUUUUUCAAAUGACUUUAAAAUUUUGCCUAAAUUUUAUUAAUAAAUAAAUUGUUUAUAUUGGUUAAAAUACUGAAAGAUUUUAAAACUCAAUUGUCACCAACUAAUUCAUAGAAGUCUAUGUCAAUAAAACACUGGUUUUGUGUCUUUUUAAAUAUUACAUUUGAGAAUAUUGUUCAUGUUUGCAUUUAUAUUGUUAUGGUUAUUGUAGUUAUUCUGAGGUGGACAACUAUAUUGAAAUUGAAUUGUUUGGACCAAUAAAUUUAUCAUGUCUUA